GCUCCUAAGGCGCAUGCUCAGCUCGAAGACGGUUGCCGAACUCGAGACGUAUGUAUGUAACAACAGGCAAGCCCACGGUCAGGGCGUAAAAUGUGUUUUUAUGUUGUAGUAAUGAGCUUAGGUCAAAGUGAUUUUAAGUUAGGCUCAUAAUGACACUUUUGCCUAUUUUCCGUCCCAUGGGCUGUGAACCCAGACAGCCGCCUACGGUUGUCUAGUGCACCAGCUGUGGACCUGACUAAUAGCCGUGCACUUGUUUUCUGGCCCGAUUAGCUAGGGAGUUAGCUAGGUAAAUGAUCCUACAAACCUGACAAGUUAAAACCUCCUCUGCGUUGCCGGGUUAAGCCGUGGAUCUGAGUACUGUCUUGUUAAAUGGGCAGGCCGCUGCACAGGUAGGCUGUUCGGUAGCUAGUGCACGUUUGCUGGAAGGGAAGAAGCGACAAGAUGUGGCAAAGUGUGGGUCUCACGCUGCUGGUUAUAGUGGCCACCCUGGUGUGCGUGUUACUCUUCAUGCUGUUCGGCUGGUAUGUGGUUUGGCAGCUUUUCCUGUCCAAGUUCAAAUUCCUGCGUGAGCUUGUGGGUGACGCUGGACCUUCCCUUGGUAGCUCCGAGCCAUCCCAGCCAGAAGUCGAGCGACCUUCGUCGGCCACACCUCGCCAUCGGGCCAAAAGUACCCGUCAGAGAGUCAUCCCUCUGGAGGAGGCCAGCUAGACUGACCUUCCUCACUAUAGACAAGCCUCAUCCUCCUGACCCAAGUCUUACCCAUAAGCUGACUCCGCCCACUAUUGUAACAGGCUGUCAGGUGACAGGAAACAUUCUGUGCACUAUCCAGUGUGGCCAGCCUCAUGUUGGUAUAUCUGACAUUGUAUGCCUCUCUUUCAUUGGCUCCAUAGAUUUUGCAGCCUGUGAGAUGACUGGCUGUCACAGUACAUAUGUGUGUGCCUGUGGCUUAGCUUGAUGCACAGUAACAGAGAAUUGUGGUCCUUUAGAAAAUGUUCUGGCAGAGAAAAGAAGGCAGACUAAGGUACAAGAAAAACUGAAGUCAAAGGUUAAGUCACUUUUUUUGUUUAAUGAAUUUUUGUUGAUUUCUCUGGUUAUUCGAAAGUGCAAUGUAAGAAAAUGUAAUUUUCUGGUCAGUGGCAAUGUUCUACAACAGUUGGCUGCCACUGAAUUGGAGGGGUCUCGCCAGUGAGGCCCCCUGUGGUGUCCUGUUACCUGCCUGCAUGGGUGUGGUCCUGAGGGCUUCCUUUGCCUUACAGUUGGCUGACAAGGGCCAUGGCUCUGUGUGGGUGUCUCAUGUAGGUCUUCAAUACAUGGCGUCCGGUUAGAGCCUUGUAAACAGCUGAGUUUACAUGUGGUUUGGGUGCUUUAUUUUAUUUUCAGUGUAGUUUUAACUGGCCAUCAUAAUAAAUAUUUGUUACAAAUGGUAUCAUUUUUAUUUACACAAACAUGGUGGAGCCCUUAGUGUGCACUGACUUACUACAAUUAAUUUUCCUCAUCCAAUUCAUAUAAUUACAAGUGCAAUUAUUUCAUAAAUGUUGAUGACUUCAAAAAACCCAAUAAACAAAGCUAUUGAAAAAUAA